AUGGGUUUGAGUAAAGAAUUAGAGGAAGCCAUUAGAGAAAAUGAAUUCGUUAUUGAAAUGAAAGAUAUAAAACCAAAACAUAGAAUAAGAAACGGUUUGGAAAUGUUAUUAGUCGUUGAUUUUAUAAAAACCGAUGAAAAAUUUGUUAUUUUACUCGAUAGAAAAUCUAAAAAGGUCAUUAUCGAAACUGGAAAAGAUGGAAUAACUAAAAGCGAACAUUUUUCAUUGAAUAAUAACGUGGAUUCGAAAACCGUUAUAAAAAAUCUUUUAUUUGCUAUAAAUCAAGAAUCGAAUUCGAAUGAAAGUCGUGUGACUUUAUAUCAUGAUUGUGUUAAAAAAGGAACUUUAAACAUAUCAAAUAAUUUUAAAAAUAUUUUUGAUAAAAAAAAAAAUUUACAAUUGCAAGUCUUUCGAGAAAAACAUUAUUUUUUAAAUAUUGAACACAAAGAAAGUUUGGAUGUCAUUUUAGAUAAAAAUAAUUGUUUGGAUACGGAAAUGCAAGCUCAACAACCCAAUUCGAACGAUGUGGCAGCCUACAGAAGAGGAGAUAUACCUGUUUUUCACGAUUGCAGCGAUCCAGAUAGUCUCCUUGCAAAAACUGUCAACGCUCUUAUCGAACUCAUAAAACAAUUGAGACAGGAUAUCGAACAUCAGAGAGGUGAAAUCCGCUACCUUCGAGGGAUUUUGGAAAGAUGCGAUUUAUGCGCAAGGCCACAAAUAGAAUCCCAAAUAAGAUAUUCAUGUAAGAGUCCUUCGUCUCCCUGUUUUCCCGGUGCCGAAUGUAGGGAUACUCCGGAUGGACCACAAUGUGGACGAUGCCCUCGCGGAUACGUGGGUGACGGUAGAAAUUGUAAACCAGGUAUAACGUGCGAGGAUAGACCCUGUUAUCCGGGUGUUCGUUGUUACGACACCAUAGAAGGACAUCAAUGCGGUCCAUGUCCGAACGGUUAUGUCGGCGAUGGAAAAAGAUGUAAUCCGAGGGGUAUAUGCGAACAAAAUCCUUGUCAUCCAGGAGUUCAUUGUACGGAUAUUGAAGAACCACCGCAUUACAGAUGCGGAAGUUGUCCACCGGGAUCAACAGGAAAUGGAACUUCUUGUCACGAUUUAGAUGAGUGCGAUUUGGCAGAGCCUUGCGAUCCCCGAGUCCGAUGUACAAAUUUAUCGCCCGGUUUUAGAUGUGACCCGUGUCCACCCGGAUUUACCGGAAGUAGCGGUUUUCAAGGGGUGGGAUUAGAAGAAGCUGCUAGAAACAGGCAAAGAUGUUACGAUAUUGACGAAUGUUCGGACGGACGAAACGGUGGAUGCGCCCCUAAUUCUAUUUGCACAAAUACCGAAGGUUCUUACGUGUGCGGAAGUUGUAUGUCGGGAUAUGUAGGAAAUCAAACUCACGGAUGUCGAAAUUCACCGGGAUUAUGCCCCGACGGUACGCAAUGCGAUACGAAUGCAGAAUGUUAUAAACAAAAUCGAUAUAAUAGUUAUGCGUGCAAGUGUAAAGUGGGUUUCGCUGGAGAUGGAAGAAUGUGCGGUUUGGAUAGAGAUUUGGAUGGAUAUCCCGAUCAAGAUUUAGGUUGUUCCGAUGCAAGGUGCAGACAAGAUAAUUGUAUCAGCAUUCCCAAUUCCGGACAAGAAGAUGCCGACGGAGAUCGUAUUGGUGACGCUUGCGAUCCUGAUGCAGACAACGAUGGAAUUCUCAACAGUCCCGAUAAUUGUCCUUUGGUACCUAAUCCGGAUCAGUUAGACAGUGAUAUGGAUGGAGCGGAUAAACAGGGUGACGCUUGCGACAAUUGCCCUACCAUACCUAAUUUAGAUCAAGAGGAUGUCGACAAGGAUGGAAUAGGGGAUGCUUGCGAUGACGAUAUUGAUAACGAUGGUAUUCCCAACGGACGUGAUAAUUGUCCCAAAAAUCCAAAUCCGGAUCAAAGGGAUAGAGAUCGGGAUGGAUUGGGAGAUGUUUGCGACAACUGUCCUCUCGUUGCAAAUUCUAAUCAAUUUGAUAGCGAUAACGAUUUGAUUGGAGAUGCUUGCGACAGCGAUAUCGAUCGCGACAGAGACGGUAUCCAAGACUCGGUCGACAAUUGUCCCAGAGUCCCCAACAGCGAUCAAUUAGAUACAGAUGGAGAUGGUAGAGGAGAUGAAUGCGACAGCGAUUGCGACGGAGAUGGCGUACUAAAUCAAAGAGAUAAUUGUCCCUACGCUUAUAAUCCAAAUCAAGAAGAUUUAGAUGGUGAUGGAAUAGGAGACAUUUGUCAAGAUGAUUUCGAUUUGGAUAAGGUUCCAAAUUAUUUAGACAACUGCCCUAAUAAUUCUAAAAUAUUUUCCACGGAUUUCAGAACUUAUCAAACUGUUGUUUUGGAUCCGGAAGGAGAUUCACAAAUAGAUCCCAAUUGGGUUAUAUAUAAUAGAGGUGCCGAAAUUGUACAAACGAUGAAUAGUGAUCCAGGUUUAGCUGUAGGUUACGAUGCAUUUGGUGGAGUCGAUUUCGAGGGUACAUUUUUCGUAGACACGGAAAUCGAUGACGAUUACGUCGGUUUCAUAUUCAGUUAUCAAGACAAUCACAAAUUUUACACGGUAAUGUGGAAAAAAAAUACUCAAACCUAUUGGCAAGCCACACCGUUUAGAGCCGUCGCAGAACCUGGAAUUCAAGUCAAAUUGGUUCAUUCGGGUACGGGACCGGGUCAAAUGUUGAGAAAUUCUCUCUGGCACACGGGAGACACGGAAGAUCAAGUGCGUUUGCUUUGGAAAGACCCGAGGAAAAUUGGUUGGAAAGAAAAAACCGCGUAUCGAUGGCUUUUACUUCACAGACCUAAAAUCGGUUUGAUAAGACUCAGAAUAUUCGAAGGGGAACGAAUGAUUGUCGAUACCGGAAACGUUUUCGAUUCGACUCUCAAAGGAGGAAGAUUGGGAGUUUUUUCAUUUUCUCAAGAAAUGAUUAUUUGGUCCGAUCUCGUGUACAGAUGCAACGAUCAAGUACCGGAAGCCAUAUAUAGAGAAUUACCACCGAAAUUACAAAGAGAAGUGGAAAUAGAUACCGGAAGGCCUUUGAUUAAUAGAAGUUGA